UGUUACUCCGUCUGACUUGGCUAGCGUCCUUCUAGAGAAGUGAGGCGCAAUUCUCGAUUUCACGGCAUCUAUUUUUUACUCCGGCGCACCUUGUUGCCGGAAAUGGCCCCUCACCCCCUGGCCAAGACCCCCGCACGCUCGAGGCCGGAGACAGAAGAGGAGGAAGAUGAUUACAUGUCCAUGAUAAUUGAAGAACCACAACAGAAGGAGACUUUCACGCAAAAGAAGCGUCGACAACAACGAGAAGCUGAAGCGCGUGCCAGAGUCCCCUCAAAAGCUGAGCGCGCCGCCGAUGAAGCAGCCCGUCGCGAUGCGGCUCUCGCGACAAGCGCGCUGAAUCCCAACAACAAGGGCUUCCAGAUGAUGGCCAAAUUGGGCUUCAAACCUGGACAAGCGUUAGGCAAGCCUGUGUCGACUCAAGAAAUAAAUUCGAACGGCCCCGACGCUCGGCUUCGGUCCGAGCCCCUCCACCUGGUGAUUAAAGAGGAUCGAGGCGGAAUUGGGCUGGACAAUGAUCGGAAGCGAAAGUUCCUCGAAGAAGCGGAGCACUUUGCCAAAAAAGUGAAAGAGGACGAGGGUGAUUACCGCGAUCGGGUGCGACUCGAGCGGGAGAUACGCAGGACGGAGGCGCAGGUACUUGCUGCGCAGAAGGUUGCUGAACGCUUGGAUGCAGAGACUGAGACGGGCGAGGGUACGCCCUUUGGCGCACACAAUUCACGUAGGCUUGUUGAAGGGAAGGAGCCUUCACCCCAAGCCCAAGAUGAGACACCCAGCGAACCUGUGAUAAAGGAGAUCAAGGCCAAGAUCAAGCCGACUUCUCAAAUUAAUAUCCUCUAUCGUGGGCUAGUUCGUGAACGCGAGGAGAAAGAACGAGACCUUCAGACGCGCCAUAUGCUUCAAACAUCGCUGCCUUCCUCCUUCUUUCCCCACCCGCGCCUACCAGGUUACAAUGAUCCGACACAGGAUCGAGAUGAAGAGGAAGCUGUCGGGGAGCGACGGGACCCGUCAAUGGUUCUCGAGCAAGAAGUUGAAGGAGAGGACCCCCAGUUAGAUGAAUUCAAUGCGCUAGGACCGAGCGAGCAGCUGUCCCGGCUGAUACAUUAUCUACGCGAACAACACUACUACUGUUUCUGGUGCAAGCAUCGAUACGAGACGGGCGAGAUGGAGGGGUGCCCAGGGCUAAGUGAGGAAGAUCAUGAUUGACCGGACACGAAUACUAU